AUGACAACUGAAACAGGACUUACAGCAGAUGAAAUUGCGUUGUACGAUAGACAGAUCAGAUUAUGGGGUAUGGCAACUCAGUUGAGACUUCGAUCAACGAAAAUCUUGGUCAUAAACCUUGGUGCUGCAGGCACUGAAUGUGUCAAGAAUUUGGUAUUGGGUGGGCUAAACUCAAUAGAGAUAUUAGACGAUUCCGUAGUCAAGGAAGAGGAUUUUACAGCCCAAUUCUUUUUACCAAAUGAUGACUCUACAGUGGGAAAAUUGAAAUUGCCAUUGGUCGUUGACAAAAUCAAAGAAUUGAACACCAAGGUCGAUUUGAGUAUCAACACUUCUUCAUUGGAUGAUGCUCUUGCUGAUCCAGAUUAUUUCAAAAAAUUUGAUUUCAUAGUUGCCACAGAAAUUACCAAGGAUCAAAUCAUUCAACUCAAUGAAAUUACAAGAAAUUUCAACAUUCCACUCCAUGUUAGUGGCAUGCACGGAUUUUUUGGCUACAUACUAGUUGACCUUAUCGAGCAUACAUCUUACAAUGAAUACAAUCAAAGUUCAGUUCCUAGAAAAGUUAAUGUUGAUUUAUCAAGAAAUAAAAAGAUGACUGCUAGUAAGCCUGAUCCACAGAAAAAGGUUGACGUAGUUACCAUCAAGGAUGUGUUUUCCCCACUCAAAUCAAUAUUUCGUUCACAGGAGAUACCCAAAUACUCAAGCCGGAGAGAAUUACAGAAAUGCACCGUAUUGCCAAUCAUUUUUGCUUUGUUCGAUAUUCCUCGUCCUCUGAAUCCUAGCGAUGUUGUAGAUGUACACCAAUUACGAAAGAGAGUAGAAGAAACUUAUAAAACAUUAAAUCUACCCAUGACAUCAUUUUCAGAAGAAUAUAUUCACAAGUUGAGUCAACAAGCAUACACUGAGUUUUCGCCAACAGCCGCUAUAUUGGGGGGGACAUUGGCUCAAGAGGUUAUUCGCUUCUUGAGCAAGAAUUAUUCGCCCAUGAAUAAUGUUGUUAUAUUGGAUGCUAUGAAAGCGGUAAUGCCAAUUUAUAGUAUGUAA